UACGAGACAGAUCAGGACAGGAACAGCUUUUAGACUCUUCUGGGCACAGAGAGAAAGAAGAACACCUUCUUCUUCCUCAGAAUAUACCAGUCCGAGAUCGUAGAAUCUAUUUCAGAUCCGUUUACUGUUUCGAUGCCUUCACGCAGACGUACCCUCCUCAAAGUCAUCAUCCUCGGUGAUAGCGGGGUGGGGAAGACCUCUUUGAUGAAUCAAUAUGUUAAUAAAAAGUUUAGCAACCAGUACAAGGCCACCAUCGGAGCUGACUUCUUGACUAAGGAAGUUCAGUUUGAAGACCGACUUUUCACUUUGCAGAUCUGGGAUACAGCUGGACAAGAAAGGUUUCAGAGCCUUGGUGUAGCGUUCUACCGUGGUGCCGAUUGCUGUGUUCUUGUAUAUGAUGUCAACUCCAUGAAGUCAUUUGAAAAUCUCAACAACUGGAGAGAAGAGUUUCUCAUCCAGGCGAGUCCAUCGGAUCCAGAGAACUUUCCGUUUGUUCUUAUUGGAAACAAGGUCGACGUGGAUGGUGGAAACAGCAGAGUGGUUUCAGAGAAAAAGGCUAAAGCUUGGUGUGCUUCAAAGGGAAACAUCCCUUACUUUGAGACCUCUGCUAAGGAAGGCACCAAUGUAGAGGAAGCUUUCCAGUGCAUCGCCAAUAACGCAUUAAAGAGCGGAGAAGAGGAAGAGCUGUACCUGCCAGACACAAUCGAUGUCGGGACAAGCAAUCAACAGAGGUCUACAGGGUGUGAAUGCUAAGGGAUUUGAUUCUCUCCCAGAAGAAUGCUUUUGAGUUCAACAAUGGGAAGUUUGUCUCUCCUCCCAUUACAUCUUUUCUUCACCAGUUAUCUCUCUAAAGAUAUCAUAUUAAAUGGCUGUACAUUGUUCUUUCUCUUUGUGGGUAAAAGAACCCUUCAAAGCGAUUUAACUUGUUUAAUAAGUAUAUUAUG